CAGUUUCAGACUUCACCGGUCAGCUCUCCCGGAUACACGAGCAACACGCCGAGGAAAUCCAGCGGCUGGUCGAAACCUUCAGAAAAAAGAACUCAGAACUCCGCAAUGAACGGCCGCAAUGCCCCAGCCAGAUGUUCCAGGCGUGGGGGCACUUCUACAGGAGGUGGAAGUCGACUCCCAGAUCCACUCCGACAUAGCCGGCACCCUCAAUAGGCAGGUCUCCCGUCCGCUCAUCGAGAAGACCUUCUACAGGAAGAUACAGUCCCGCAAGGUCUUCACCCAUCGUGAGAGCUUCGACACCAUCCUCGCCAAGACCGAGGACAUGCUCAAGAAGUGUCGGAGGGACUACAGUGACGCCUACCAGACUCACUGCCGUACCCAGAGUAAUGCCUCCCUCGCCUCCUACUUCGACGCUCUCACAACACCUAUGUCCAGCAGCUGCACGCCACCAACGGCAUGUUACAGGAGUUCAACAACACCACGCUCCCCACGCUCCUCGAGGAGCUGGAGAUGGUGUACCUGGACGUGAGCAAUAUCGUGAGCGACUGUGUCUUACAAGGCGCUGACAUCGUUGCUGCCAAGGCACUGGAGCAGAGUCGGAGGUACGACUCCCUGUGCACCAUGUGCCGCUCUUCCGAGGGCCGCAAUGACAUCACUUCUCUGGUGCGCUCCCUUGAUGUGCCCACCGGCCAGGCCGCCCGCCCGCCCCUCCACCGCUACUCCCCGCCCCAGCCGCUACCCCCUCCAGAGGCGCCCAACGGGGAGCCACUGCCUCAGGACCCGCCCCCGCCGACGCCUCUCAAGAACGAGCUCAUCCUCGACCGCUUGGCGGCGCUCUCCUCCAGGAACCGGUAUGACGCCCUCAGGAAGGAGUCGGCCGACCUGGAGCGACAGAUCUCCCAGCUGCAGGAGGCUCAGGACACACUGCUCAGGAUCCAGCAGAGGAGCAUCGAGUCGUCGGUGUUUAACAAGGCCAACGAGCUGCAGGAGGACGUCAGCAUGAAGCGCUUCGACCUUCGGGUGGCACAGGUCCACCUCUCCGCCGUCAAGGCCCAGAAAGAGUUGUUUGCGUCCAAGGACGGGGGAGGGGCGGAGGGACGAGAGAGGAAGAUGUCUAACUCUAGUGGAGGCAGCAUGAAGACCAAGUGGAUGAAGGCGUUCAAGUCCCUCAAGACCUCGGAUCCUGCUAGUAGCAACAGUCUGCCCCCAACCUCGCCAGCGAAGCGGUACACUUUCUCUAGUACCGUCCUCAGCGUCAUGGCUCACAGCGGACCCCCCGAAGCUACGCCGUACGACCAACGCCUCGCCAGGUAUUUCAGGAAGAACGCGAGAGAAAAGGAGAAGGAUGCUGCCGCCAUGUUCGAGAGUGCCCACAUCUUCCAGGAGUACACGUACAAGAAGUUAACGGCUUGUGAUGUGUGUCAUCAGAUACUCAGAGGUCACUCGCGGCAGGGCCUCAAGUGUCGUAUGUGCAAGACGAACGUACACACUGAGUGCCAGGACCAGGUGGGCAAGUGCCAACCCAAGUCCCGCCUCUUGCGACGCCAACGCUCCACCUCCGAGAUCGAGACGAAACAGCUCGAAGGAGGCGAAGAAGAUACGGACCCCACUGUCUUCAGCUCUCUAAUCGCCAGCCAGCCGUCAAGGCGAGGCGCUGAGCCGCCUUCUCCCAGUGCGACUACCGAGAUCCAAAUAGACAAGACAGACAAGACGGAGGAGGUGGACCUCAUAUACCAGGUGCUGAAACAAGCGGGGGACCUGGGUGGGCGCCGCAGUACUCACGGCUCGGUGGAGCGUGACUUGGGUCGCGAGAUGGGUCGUGACCUGGGGGGGUCGGCGGCCUCCUCGGGGUCCGGCAGCGCUACGUCCCUCCACCGGCGUUACCCACGACCCACUAACACCGGCUCCACCCUCACCGUCAACCCCGCCCCCGUCGCCUCCUGUUCAGGUAAGUCACCAGCAGCAGUAGGCGGAGCAGUAGCGGCAGCAGAAGCAGGAACAGGAGCAGUAAUGGUAAUCAAGGAUGGGAACACGGCUGCAACAAUGAGGAGGAGAUUAUUUGGCAAGAAGAAGUCACAGUCAGAGGGGAUGGAUCCGCCAAUACGAAACGCCCCCAUCAGUCCACGUCGCCAGAAACUCAACUUGCGAAUGAAAAGUUUCUCACUUGACUCUCCGGAGUCGACUGAGCACGUACAUCGCAGGCGCCACGGAGGCUCCUCCCACGUCAGCCACGCCUCCUCACACAGCCAAUCGCCCUCCAGCCCAGUCCACAACCGGCGCCUCCUCACCGCCCGCAACAUGAGAAUGAGCUCAGUAGAACUACCUGACGAAAACGAGAAGUCCCUCAGUUCAGCCAGCACCUCCCCUUGUCCUUCACCCGUAAGUAAAAAGCCACACCGCCUCCUGCCCACCAACCUAUACGUCGUCCUCUACAACUUCACCUCCAGACACCCUGACGAGCUCGACCUCAGAGCUGGUUACAAGGUCACUGUGACUGACACAUCCGAUCCUGACUGGUGGCAGGGAAAGUGUCUGGGCAGGACUGGUUACUUCCCCUCCAAGUAUGUGACCCGACUCAACUGUGGUGAGAAGCCACUACAGGUCACUCAUAACCUGCAGGUCACCGAUGGCGAUAACGGCAUUAAACUCCUCAGAGACCAGAUCGUUAUCCAGAUCGGGGAGGAGGUCGAGGGUAUGGUGAUGAUCCGCAAUGGUGACAACCAACAAGGUGUUUGUCCCCUAAAAUACCUGCAGGAAGCUUGAAUUGUGUGCGCACUUUGGCGGGCCACAAUACUUGCACAUAUACUCUUGUUUCUCGUUAAGUCAGUGACUCUCCCAUGAGACAAAUACCUGUAUGCCAUAUUGUGGACUUUGAUUGUGAAAAAUGAAAACUUAUUGGAGAAUUGCCAAGACAAUAUUUGGAAAAUUUGUUUUAAUAAAAAUGAUGUAUAAGCUAAAAGGAAGAAAAGAAAAAUGGGGGGCAGCAGCAGCAGUAGGCCGGGUGAACGAUGGUGACAGGUUGGGGUGUGAAGUGCUCCUCAACCCGAGGGUGACGCCGAAGACUGUGACAUUCAUUCCUGAGUAUUAGUUGUUGUUGUUGUUGUUGUUGUUACUGUUUAGCUCUUUUGCACAUAACUGUGGUCUUCACUGCACUUUUGAAAGCUGACUGUGGUUCGUGUUAGCACUGGGAAUUGCCCCUUACAGCAGUGGAUGUCCUUCAAGGGGAAGAACAGAAAAACUCUCCCGUGUCUGUGUGCACUUGCACCACUAAGCUGCAGAAUGCAGCAUGGACUUAUAACCAAUACGAAUCCGUAAUCUAUGUCGCAAGGGGGAAAUGAUCAUAAUAGAUACUAAGAAGAUGAAACCGAACUAGCAAAGGAAAGCAAGCCAGGCCACUCCAGCUACUUAAAAUGCAUCUUCUGAAAAUCUUAGAAGCUUCGAAACUCGAAUCGCCGUCUCUUCGAUAAUGCCUUUCCCCUGAACAAUGCCUUCCUCAGCGACCGCCUUCUCCUCUACAUCGAUGUCGAGGUCCACUUCAGUCAUUUGAAUUUACUUUUCCAUGUGUCUCCCUUCAACCCCAAGCAUCCCAACCCCACCCCUUACCCUUACUCUCCUCACCAAGACUCCUUAACUUUUAAGGCUUGCAUAUAAAUAUUAAGAUAGGCAAUAAUUUCUUUAUAAUGUAUUUUGAUAGUCCCUCUUUACAUCCUCUCUGUUGCCCUCUCACACAUUAGCAUUGUUGGUCCCAAUCCUUCAUAUCCUCUUACCUUACCCUUACCAGUGCACCCCCACCCCCUCCUCCCUCCAAAGGAACAUUAUCUUAACAAAUCCUGGCUCCAUCGCUGUCUUCCUGCCGGUCUCUUAACUAUUUAAAGUCUCUUGAUAUUUCUUCUCAUUUUCUAUCUUCUAUACACCUUUUAACAACUUCUCCCAAACACAAAGUUCUUUUCUCUCACCAAUCCAGUCCCAUCAGUGCAUUCCUUCACUGACAUACUAACAUCUUCUUUUCUCCUAUUCUUUAGCACUUCUCUUCUGCCAUCUUAUUCUCACCUUUCGUAAUUCCACAUAGUCUUUCUCUAGAUCUUUACUGAAUUCUAUCUUCAGGGUAAAGUAGCACCUGGAUAAAGAGGGAUGUCCCAGUUAUCCAGGUGAUUUUAUUAUCCAGUACUUUCUUUCCUCUCGUUACCUGACAAAUAGGAUAAACAAUGAGCUUAUAUAAAGAUGAUGUAAUUUUCAACAAUAUUUUUACAGAGUUUAAGAGAUAUUAGAAACUUUGUAUAAGCCCUGGGUAUUUUAAGAAAAUAAUACACCUUAAAUUUGUCCCUAUAAUGGCAAGAUGCUGCCAUACAGUAACACUCAUUAGAAACAAUACAAUAUGGUUAGGAUAGAAAAGUGGAAAUUGAAUUUUCUAAAGUAGAACAGCAACAACUAGUUAAACAAUGGAAACGUAUUUAAUAUUUUUUUAGAAACUGUUAUUGUUGUGCUUUUGUUUCAUUCAUAUACUAUAUUGCUUUGUUUUUUGUUCUUUCUCUCCUUCUCCCAAGCACAAACCAUCAUAUAAAUCAUUACCACUCACAUUGUUGGAACCUGAUUAAUGUUCAGAUAGUCAUGCCGGAUAAUUUUCCGAAGCAUAAGAAUAAAUUUAGUUGAUUUGCGGCAUUAAUUUAAGGCAUAAGAGGAGUUCUGUUUUAAUCUUAGCAAUGUAAGAAUCUAAAUGGUUGUGUUAGUCAAUGAGUUCUCUCCUAAUAUUAAAAUAUGGCAAGCUAGACUCGGGCUCCAGUUAGUUAUCAUUGUGACAGUACAGUACACAGUAGUGUGAAGGUAUGCCAUGACACGCACUGCACCAUCUCCACAUGAUGUAGCUGUAUAGUGUGCCAAUGUGCUAUGACAAUGAAGUGUGUCUGUGCAUUAGUGAAGUGUACUCUAACAAGGUUUUGUAACUGUAGAUGUGCACUGGCAGAAUGUGUUGUAUUUGCAUAUAAGGACAAAGUAUCUUGACAGUGUAUUGUAACUGUACAUAAUGACAAUACACUGUGGCUGUUAAGAAGAACAAUCCCAAAUCAGUGUAAAUUUACAGUGAACUCUGACGGUGCCUCAGCGAUGGCAAUGUUAUAUGCCAAAUGGUUUACACCCUGACAGAAUGCCAUGACUAGAUUUUAUUAAGUGAAAUAUGUUGCUGUAUGUUCAUGAUAAUUCUUGUCUUCAUUUUCCACACCUAACAACACCCAUCACUGAGUUAUCUUUAAUUUAGGCUGAAAGUGUUAGUUAACAAUUAUUUUUAAUUCUUAUUUCGAAAUUCUAGAAAUAUUGAAACAAAAUUUUGUAUGAGUUUAUUAUAACUUGAAAUAAAAGAAUUCUUACUUGCAUUCUUGCUUAUUGUGAUGAAAAUGAUCAAUAUUAGGUUUUUAUAUACAGUAAAAUAUUUUUUUGAAAUGUCAUGAAGAAGAGUGAACAAAGGACUAUAUAAAAACACACUAUUUUACUGCCUCCACUGAUUUGUUGUCAGGCAUUGCCUCACUAUUACUGUACAGUACCUCACCUUAGUCUUCAGUACACGAUGGGCUUCAGGGUUACGUCAGCCAUGAUCAUGUUGUUGAAAACGACCAGAAAUUAAUCAAUAAUGAACAACCCUGUGUAUGAUGAUAUAUUACCGUAGAUUUUAUAGGAUACAGUACUGUAAAUUGAUUAUAAAUCAUAAUGAUAGAUAGUUUAUCAGCACCCAUUAGCUAAGAGUUCCGAGCAUGUUGAGAUUUAUGUGCGAGUGAUUACAUUAAAGCAAGUUUUUUUUUAAAUGUACUUCCCAAGGAAUGUGGCCACCUUCCUAGGAACCAGGACACCUUCCCUGGCACAAUAAUGUCUCCUGGACACUAACUCUUACUGUAACUCUUCACCUACUUCAGGAAUAAAGAUAUCCUGAAGCACCACCAAUGAUACUCAUACAGUACCAUUUAUACACAAUGACUCCUCCCAAGGCUUCUAUACCACAUCCCUCCCUGAACACUAGAAUAACUUAGGCACUAAAAUAUAACUGAGAAACAAAUAUCUCUCAUUGAACAUAAAACAUGUCAACUUAAAUAGUGUUACCUCUCUCGGGGAUAGCUAGACAACUUCCAGGGGUAUAAAUACACUUCCCAGGGCUAUCAAGACACCUCUCUGAUCACUCACUAAUUCAGGGGCAUUGUCAGUGCUUGGAGCAUCGUCAUGAGUAAUGAGUGGUGGAGAACAAGCCUGUGAUCUCACUUUGCACCACUUUACACUGUUCUGAAACUGUUUCGAGCAUACUAUCAGAUACAACUAGUGAUUUUUUUUUAUCAUUAUUAUUAUUAUUAUUAACCUCUUCCUGAUAGUAUAAACAAGUGUAAAUUUUAAAAACUGGAGCCAACUUGCCCCAACCACCCUCCCUAAGAAAGCUCUUGCUCCUGUACCUUACGCCACACCUUCUCCCACCUCACCAUCUCCUCCGCACCUUCUUUUACCCAGCCAUUACUUACGUCCUAAUAAUACAUAAAUAUUGGACAAGUAACCAUAAGAUCUUGGCAGGUAUAGGGUAGACUUCUUCACAUGCAUAUUUAGCCAAAACAAAAUCAGUUCCCAUAGCCUAACCCAGUGUAACCUAGUAUAGUGUGUACUGUUAGGUUAUAUACUAUUAUAGUUAGGUAUGGUUGAAGUAGUGUCAGUAAACUCUCCCCAUGCUGCCAGGAUCUUCCAGUAUGUAUCCGUAAUUCUUGAAGCUGUUGUUUGACAGUCUCCCAUAACUUUUAUGUCACAACAACAACCUUAGAGCAAUCUAUUUUCUUUCUGGUUGAAAGGGUAGGUAGGAAUAUAUUAGUAGUAGUUUAUUAUACAAGCUUUAUAGGGAGAAGAAAGGCCUUCUUGGGUACUGAGACACCACUUUAAACACAACUUAAAAGACGUGAUGUUCCAUGCAAGUCACAGUGGAGUAGCUGACGGCAACGAUGUGGUAAUUUUAUCUGCAUUCAAUGUGAAAGAUGUUGUAACAAGAGCACUUCAAGGGAAUUUGGCUAGCAUUAAAAUCUAGCAUCCUUCUCUCCAGCCUUGGUAAUGUUUUUUCUCCCAAGUUUCCUAAAGUGACGUCCCAGUAGCCAAGUGUCAGCAUCUGUUUGGUGUUAGUUACGACCUUGGUCAGGCAGACAAAUUAUAAUGUAACUCUGAAUCCCUUAAAAAGGUAAUUUUGAAGAUAACUUAAUACUUUUUAUAUGAAGCAAUACUGAAGAUUACCCUUUAAUUUCCUUUACCAUGAGCAAGAGUCGUGAGUUGCCUUCUUUGUAAAUAUAUAAAUAUAUAUUAUGACUAUACUGGAAUUAUAAAUGAACUAGGCUGUUGUUAAAGCUGCAGCACCUCAUAUCGUGUACAUUAUUACAUAAGCAUGUGAGAAAACUUGUACCUGGGAGAGAGAAGCUUGUGGUCCCCAGAGGCACUGCAGGUUGUUGAUCAUAUUGCACCACAUUGAAAUAUAAAUAUAUAUAUAUAUAUACAUAUAUAUAUAUAUAUAUAUAUAUAUAUAUAUAUAUAUAUAUAUAUAUAUAUAUAUAUAUAUAUAUAUAUAUAUAUAUAUAUAUAUAUAUAUAUAUAUAUAUAUAUAUAUAUAUAUAUAUAUAUAUAUAUAUAUAUAUAUAUAUAAAGAUGGAAUGCACAUCAUAUCAAGCGGACACCAUGGGUGAGGGGUUCACUCCCUCCUGCCCUAGCCGAACGUUGCUAGAGUAUCGCACUUGGGAAGUUAGGCUAUAUAUUUUUCUCUCUCCCACCACAGACACUGUUGUUACUGCUAAUUGUAAGCAAUAAGAUGCUACACAACGGGUAGCCUUGUUGGGCUUUAUUGCCUGUAUUAUAGAAGAGAAUCAAAGUGUCGUGUUCGAGAAUAUGACUCAUUUAAUAGUAUAUGAACGAAGACUUAUCACUCGGUAUCUGAUGAUAAAUUGUUUGCAAUUUUGCAUUUUUCAAAUCUUUAAGUAUCUUUAUUCCUGAUUUAUUAGUGUGUAAAUAGAUGUAAAGAGAGUUACUGAUCAAGUGAAUUUGUAAAGUAUUUUUAUAUGAGUCAUAUACUGCGCCUGGUGUAACUUAGGUGAGGCAGAUUCUAGAAUGCGACUACAAGGCAUCAUAGCCAUAGUCUUCACAAAUUGUAAUUUUUUGAAUCACUCAUUUUACGUCUGAGCUGCACCUGCUGUCUUCACCAUGUAUUUAGCUGUUCAAAAUGUAUGAGAACUCUGUAGGCAAAACUUUGGCACUAGGAAACCACAACUCUAAGGCUUAUUCCCCAGUUUACAUAAGAUAAAGAAUGGGCCUUAUGGAGGUAAAACCUAAGGUUUAUUUGGUCGCUCAGCUCGUCAGAUAUACUAUCUUUAUAUGCCGUCAUAAAGAGAUGCUCUUUAUUUUAUCACUAAUUGUAUGGAGAUAAGCUAGACAACAUAUAGACGAGUGGAAUGAAAUAGGUAUUUUCAUAUUUAUAGUUUAUCCUUGCUGUCUUGUGUAAGUCAUCACACUACGUGGAUGCUGCUGCUUCCGCUUGGGAAAGAUCUUUCGAGGUCUACUUGUAUUGUGGAGGGCUUCGUUGAGCCCUCCUUGUGCCUGCUAUGCAGUCACCACUUUAGUUCCUGUUGCAUAUUUCACCACUUCCCUCUCCCUCUAGUAUCACUGUCCUCUCCCGUCAUGGCUGUCCAUUCUUAUAAUUCAUGUCCCUUUUCCCAUCUCUGUUCCAUUCCUUGAACCAGUGUCCUUUUUCCAUUACCAAUCCAUUCCCAGCACCACUGUCCUCAGUUAAUGUUGUCCUUGUUCUCCAUGACACCUGUCCAUUCCUUAUUACCACACCACCCCUGUUAUUACUGUCGUUUCCAAUUAUAAAUACCCUCUUUUUACUUCCAAUUUCCGUGAAAACUUUUUACUAUUAAUGCCACUGUCCUUGCCCAGUCCUCCCCACACCAUAACUCACCCAAAAACCUGAUUCAUGUAGGCAGUAUGACAUCACCUCUGCACCCCUCCAUCCACUCACUGUUCCUCUUCAUCCAGAAAACACUUAACACAGUGUCAUUUGCCUCUACCCUAUCCUUAUAAUUAUUGUUACAUGACAAUAACUGCACUUCAAUGAACACAUCACCACGUAACAUAUCACACCUACAUGCACCCACAGGCUUGUACUAACACCACAGCUACACACAAACCACAUGACUACAUCCAUACCCCCCUUAAUCAUAUCAGUUUAUAAAGCAUCCUACCAAAAAUUCUUGUAUUGAAAAAUUCACAUCGCAUUUUCUACCUUGUUGUGGCCAUCACAUAAUGCGUGUCCAGCAUCACUAUGAAAAUAACUUCUCCAGUUUAUUACUAGUAUGAGCCAUACGUACACUCUAUCAUGUUGGCAGUGCUCUUUACACCACAGCCGCACACUUUGUCCGCCUGCCUCUCCCAGAGCAGUUUUAGUAGCAUAGACUAUAUAAAAUGCCUCAGUUGUUAGAGUGGAGGGGAGCCUCAACUUACCUGCACAGUUUAAAUAGUAUUUCCCAUCACGAUCAAAGUUUUGGGUAACUUUAGUAACAUACUAGCUAGUUGAUGAAUAUUAAACCUGUAAUACAUUUAUUUAGCGACAGGAUCAACUGGACUGUAACAUUAUUUAGGCCCCAUCUUAGUUCAUAAAACAGAGACUACUCAUCCCAACUAGAGUUGUACAAACUAACGGGACAAUGGCUUGUGUUGCAUUAUUGUUAGUCCUAGUUGAGUAUAUUAUGUAGAUUAUUGCCCCAAUGCAUUUAUUCUGUAGUGUCCAGGAGAUGUAUUACACCAGGUAUCAGGCGGUUCCCAGAUGUCAUCAGUGUGUGUGUCUGGCUGCCCACUGUCCCUCCACACCUUCACCCUCACCACCCUCUCCCUCACCACCAGCACUCUGCCAUCACCUUCACCAAUGCUCUUCUCACCUACACUAAUUGCUAACUUAUGAUACUAUUUCCUUACUAUAGUCACCUACACCACCACUCCCCCCCCCACCCACCACAAUCACCACCACUCCCUUCACCACCAAUCACCACCACUCCCUUUUUCCACCAAUCACCACCAAUCCCUUUACCACCAAUCACCACCAAUCACCAUUACUCCCUUCCUCCAAGAUUAACAACCACAUCCACCAUAAUCACCACUAUUCCCUCCACCAUCACCACCACUACUCCCUCCACCAUCACCACGCCCUCCACCAUCACCGUUUCCCUUACCAUCACCUCCAUUUCUUCACUAUCCCCCCCCCCCAAUUCCUCCACCAUCACCACCACUUGUAUCACUUUUCCCAAAUGAUGAAUUGUUCAAUGUUGUAUAAUGAACUGUUCAGUUUCAAGUGAAUGCUGAAUGUUUAUCUACAACACUUAAGUCUCCUGCAACUGUUCAUUGUAUGUAGCGCUAUUGUUUGCCUAGUCUCAAUAUGUUACAUUUUGUCAGGCAUUUCAUGAAUUACACACCUUCCCUCCUCA